GAUCUUUUCGUGUCCGCCGCCGGAGUUCAAGAGGACGGAGUUAAGGUUUCAGGAUGACUUCCAUCUUGACUUAUACAUUUAAAAAUCUUCCCAAUACAUCAAAAUGGGCCCUCCAAUUUUCCCUAAGACCUCUGAGCUGUUCCUCCCAGCUACGAGCUGCCCCAGCCGCCCAGACCAAAUCAAAGAAAACCUUAGCGAAACCCAACAUGCGGAAUAUCGUGGUGGUGGAUGGUGUUCGCAUUCCGUUUUUGCAGUCAGGCACUUCGUAUAAGGAUCUGAUGCCACAUGAUUUGGCUAGAGCAGCGCUUUCGGGUUUGCUACAUCGGACCAAUGUCCCAAAGGAUGUUGUUGAUUAUAUCAUCUUUGGCACAGUUAUACAGGAAGUGAAAACUAGCAAUGUGGCUAGAGAGGCUGCCCUCGGAGCUGGCUUCUCUGACAAGACUCCUGCUCACACCGUCACCAUGGCCUGCAUCUCUGCCAACCAAGCCAUGACCACAGGUAUUGGCUUGAUUGCUUCUGGGCAGUCUGAUGUGAUUGUGGCCGGUGGUGUAGAGUUAAUGUCUGAUGUCCCCAUUCGUCAUUCAAGGAAAAUGAGGAAAAUGAUGCUUGAGCUCAAUAAGGCCAAGACUCUGGGUCAGCGACUGUCUUUAUUCUCGAAAUUCAGACUGAAUUUCCUAGCACCUGAGCUCCCCGCAGUGGCUGAGUUCUCCACUAGUGAGACUAUGGGCCACUCUGCAGACCGGCUGGCCACCGCCUUCGCUGUUUCUCGACAGGACCAGGAUGAGUAUGCCCUGAGCUCACACAGCCUGGCCAAGAAGGCGCAGGAUGAAGGACUCCUGUCUGAUGUUGUGCCCUUCAAAGUGGCCUUUUAA